UUGAAAAUCGCUCCAUGUUUUUGCCCAUUCAUUUCCGGCAAGUAGAUGAUAUGAAUGAUUCAUGGCAGUUCCUUCUACCUAAUUCGGCAGCUUCUUUUCUUUGGGAAGAUCUUGGUAGAAGACGUUUGUUGGAACUCCUCAUCGAUGGAGAUGACUAGUCUAAAUCUUAGAAGUUUGAUAUUGAUGAAAUUUCUGCUCAUCAACCCAUGCAUGUUACAAGUGAGACUUCUAGAGCUCUAAGCAUUACGAUAAUAAAAGAAGAGAAAGUCAAUGUUGUUAAGAUCAGUGACUGGUUGCCAGAGAGUGAACCUAUUGGAAUAUUGAGUAAAACAGGCACAUCUCCUCUAUCACAGCUUUCUUUAAAGAACCCACCUCAACAGCAAUCACCAUCCACCUCAGACUCAGAAUUUCAUGUUAUUGUUGAAUUAGCUGAGCUUGGAGUAUCAAUCAUUGAUCACAAACCUGAAGAAAUUUUGUACCUCUCUGUUCAGACUUUUAUUUUUUCAUAUUCAACUGGCUUGGGCUCUGGAAUUAGUAGGUUCAAAUUAAGAAUGCAUGGGAUACAAGUGGAUAAUCAGCUACCAUUAACUCCAAUGCCAGUUCUUUUCAGACCACAGAAAGUUGGGGAUGAGACGGAUUAUAUCUUGAAAUUUUCUGUGACCAUGCAAUCAAACGGGUCACUGGAUCUUUGUGUCUAUCCAUAUAUUGGUUUUUAUGGUCCUGAAAAUGCUGCCUUCCUGAUAAACAUUCAUGAACCUAUUAUAUGGUGCCUUCAUGAAAUGAUCCAGCAGGUCAACUUCAAUCGCUUAUAUGAUAACCAAACCUCUGUCGUUGCUGUUGAUCCAAUUAUCCAAAUUGGAGUUCUUAACAUCUCAGAAGUUCGGUUCAAGGUGUCAAUGGCUAUGUCACCCAGUCAACGACCAAGGGGUGUGCUUGGCUUUUGGGCAUCAUUGAUGACUGCACUGGGAAACACUGAGAAUAUGCCAGUUAGAAUAAAUCAAAGGUUUCAUGAGAAUGUGUGCAUGAGGCAGAGUUCAAUGACAAAUAUUGUUAUUUCAAACAUACGGAAGGAUCUCCUUGGCCAACCUCUUCAAUUGCUUUCUGGUGUUGAUAUAUUGGGUAACGCAAGCAGUGCACUUGGACAUAUGAGUAAGGGUAUGGCUUCCUUAUCAAUGGAUAAGAAGUUCAUCCAAAGUCGGCAGAGACAGGAAAACAAGGGCAUAGAGGAUCUUGGUGAUGUUAUUAGAGAAGGAGGUGGUGCACUAGCAAAAGGCCUAUUUAGGGGAGUCACUGGAAUAUUAACAAAGCCUCUUGAAGGUGCAAAAACUUCUGGUGUUGAGGGUUUUGUUCAAGGUGUUGGAAGAGGACUAAUUGGUGCAGCGGCACAACCAGUUAGUGGGGUUCUGGAUCUUUUGUCAAAAACCACAGAAGGAGCCAAUGCAAUGAGAAUGAAGAUAGCAUCAGCUAUAACUUCUGAUGAACAACUUCUUCGCAGGAGACUUCCUCGCGUAAUUAGUGGUGAUAAUUUACUCCGGCCUUAUGAUGAGUACAAAGCUCGAGGACAGAUUAUUCUACAAUUGGCAGAAUCAGGUUCAUUUUUAGGCCAGGUUGAUCUUUUUAAAGUACGUGGAAAGUUUGCGUUAACUGAUGCUUAUGAAGAUCAUUUCUUAAUCCCAAAAUCAAAACUUCUUGUGGUUACUCAUCGAAGAGUGAUAUUAUUACAGCAACCCUCCAAUAUCAUUGGUCAGAGAAAGUUCAGCCCAGCAAAGGAUCCAUGUUCAAUAGUAUGGGAUGUCUUGUUGGAUGACCUUGCAACCAUGGAAAGAAAGAUAAUCCAAAUGCUCUACCUUCACGUCUUAUACUGUACUUACGGACAAGAUCAACAGAGUUGAAGGAACAAUUUCGUGUUGUAAAAUGUAAUCCUGAUUCCCAAC